UACCAUUCAAAGAAACAAAUCUAAGCGCCUGCCAACAAGAUACCCAAGAUAUGAAAUCUGUCUUUGCUUUCUGCAUUCUCCUUUAUCUUUUCUUGUUUGUGGACCUCAACGAUGCCAGAAAAGACCCAGGAGACUACUGGAAAAUCAUAAUGAAAGACCAACCAAUACCAGAAGAAAUCAAAGCCCUUUUUCAUGGAGAUCCACUGCAUCCAGCUGAUGCAAGGAAAAAGGACCAUUAUGUUAAGGGUUUUGAUGUUACCCCCAAUGCUAUUAUAUAUCAUGCCCAUAUGGAGCCUAAAGAAGAGAAGCCUCAUUUUCAUGCAAGGAAAAAGGACCAUUUUGUUAAGAAUUUUGAUGUUACCCCUAAUGCUAUUAUAUAUCAUGCCCAUAUGGAGCCUAAAGAAGAGAAGCUUCAUUUCCAUGGAGACCCACUAAAUACAGUUGAUUUAAGGAAAAAGAACCAGUUUGUUAAGGAUUUUCAUGUUACCCCUAAUGCUAUUAUAUAUCAUGCCCAUAUGGAGCCUAAAGAAGAGAAGCCUCAUUUUUAUGCAAAGAAAAAGGACCAUUUUGUUAAGGAUUUUGAUGUUACCCCUAAUGCUAUUAUAUAUCAUGCCCAUAUGAAGCCUAAAAAAGAGAAGCUUUAUUUUCAUGGAGACCCACUAAAUCCAGCUGAUGAAAGGAAAAAGGACCGUUUUGUUAAGGAUUUUGAUGUUACCCCUAAUGCUAUUAUAUAUCAUGCCCAUACUGAGCCUAAAGAAGAGAAGCCUCAUGUCAAGGACUUUGAACCAAAGCACGAUAUGGAGCUGAAAGAAGAAGAUUCCUUCGUUCAACAUAUCAAGCAGAAGGUAGAAGGCUGAUCAUUAGCCAAAGUAUGAAGCAGAAGGCACAUGUUUGUACUAUUUCAUGCUGUGUAUGAUCAGUGGUUGAAGCUUAUGUUUUAGAGGAGAAUGCCUGGUGUACAAAUCUUAUUAU